UCCACAACUUUGUACACAACACAAGUUACACUAACCCCAGCACCAAUAACAGAAGAAUCAACUGCAGUGACAACUACUCCUACCCCAACAAGUACAAUUUCAGAAACAACCAGUGCCACAACAGAAGUUACAACAACCACAAUGUCAACAACAGCAGAAACAACUGCAGUGACAACAACCACAGCACCAACCACAGCAGAAACAACUGUAGUGACAACUACAGCUAGCCCAACAAUCAUAAUUUCAGGAACAAUCAAUGCGACAACGGAAGUUACACCAACCACAGCACCAUCCACAGCAGAAACAACUACUGAUACAGCUAUUUCCAGCCCAACAAGUACAAUUACAGAAACAACCAGCACCACAACAGAAACAACUGCAGUGACAACUACUCCUAGCCCAAAAAGUACAAUGUCAGAAACAACCAGUGCCACAACAGAAGCUACAACAACUACAGUGACAACUACUAGCACUCCAAUAAGUACAAUUUUAGAAACAACCGCUUUUAUGACACUGACAUCAACUGCAUCUCCUACAACAAAAUUUCCCACCACAACUUUGUACAUAACAGAAGUUACAACAACUUCAGAAUCCACAACACAAGAAAUAAUGGCAGUUACAGCUAUUAUCAACCCAACAAGUACACUUUCAGACACAACCACUUCCACCACUGAAGCUACAACAACUACUGCACCAACCACAGCAGAAACAACCGCAGUAACAACAACCAUGUCUCCAUCUAGUACAACUUCUGAAGCAACCAGUGCCAAAUCAGAAGCUACAACAACCACAGCACCAACAACAGAAGAACCAACUACUACUAGCCCAACAAGUACAAUUUCAGAAACAACCAGUGCCAAAUCAGAAGCUACAACAACCACAGUACCACCAACAGCAGUAAUAGCUGCAGUCACUACUACUACUACUACCAGCCCAACUAGUAUAGUUUUAGAAGCAACCACUUUUACGACUUUGACAUCAACUAAUUCACCAACAGAAUUUAUGCCCAAUACUUUUUACACAACAGAAUCUACAACAUCCACUGCAUCACCAACAGCUGAACCAAAUGCAGUUACAACUCAUAGCACACCAACAAGUACAAUUUUAGAAACCGUUAUAGGAUUGAUUACAACACCAUCAACCGAAAUUCCCACAACAACUUUUAUUACAACACAAGCUACAACCACAGCACCAACAACAACAGAAGCAAUUUCACUGACACCAACUAGCACCCAAACAAGUACCACUGCUGAAGAAACAGCUACAGAGAAAAUAUACACUGCAACAACUGUUCCAUACACAACACAAACAGCAACAUAUCCAGGUACAACUUUGUACAAAAAGCAGAAUACAACAAGCGCAUCACCAACAAUGGCAAAAACAACUACUACCACUUUUGUUACUGUAUCCAGUGCAAAUGCUACAGUCACCACAGAUCCAAAGACACAAACAAUUACAAGUGAAGAAAAAACAGCAUUCAUUAACACUAGCAAUGAAGCUGAAACAACUCCAGUUUUAUUCCCAACAGUAGCUCCAAUUUCCACAAAAUCACACCCUACAAAUGCAGCAACUUCAAUACCUAUGGCAACACUGUCAGAUAUAACUGGAUCAGCUGUGGUUCAGACCAGGAUGGUCUUCAGUUCUUCCUCUCCUGUUCCCAGUGAGAGUUUGGUUCUCAAUGUAACCCAGACUCUUCUGAGUGCACGACUCACAAACCUCACUGACUCUGUAAAAGUGCUGAACUUCACAUAUGAGAGAAUUUCAGACACCUCCUAUGCGGUAAAAUUCACAUUCAACAUCAGUAACGUCAACAUGACACAGAACCCUGACCUCAGGAAUGAUACCUACAGCCAAGUGGAUAUAAUCAUCAAUAAUGCUGUGAGUGUGCAUCACCAUGUGCUUGAAGACAAAUGUCCAGAGAUGGCAUUGUAUCCCAUUGCAGAGUUUAAUAUAAAGAGAUCAAAAAUCAAAUAGUCUAAAAGUUAGAAAAUAAAAUUAAGGUUAUCCAAAGCAAUGAGACUCACAGUGGUGUAAUCAGGCAAAGGUCAAAGCACAAGAAAGUAGGUACUGAGGAAAACAACACAGAAAUACACUAUAUUGCCAAAAGUAUUCGCUCACCCAUCCAAAUAAUCAGAAUCAGGUGUUCCAAUCACUUCCAUGGCCACAGGUGUAUAAAAUCAAGCACCUAGGCAUGCAGACUGUUUUUACAAACAUUUGUGAAAGAAUGGGUCGCUCUCAGGAGCUCAGUGAAUUCCAGCGUGGAACUGUGAUAGGAUGCCACCUGUGCAACAAAUCCAGUCGUGAAAUUUCCUCGCUCCUAAAUAUUCCACAGUCAACUGUCAGCUGUAUUAUAAGAACGUGGAAGUGUUUGGGAAUGACAGCAACUCAGCCAUGAAGUGGUAGGCCACGUAAACUGACGGAGCGGGGUCAGCGGAUGCUGAGGCGCAUAGUGCAAAGAGGUCGCCAACUUUCUGCAGAGUCAAUCGCUACAGACCUCCAAACUUCAUGUGGCCUUCAGAUUAGCUCAAGAACAGUGUGCAGAGAGCUUCAUGGAAUGGGUUUCCAUGGCCGAGCAGCUGCAUCCAAGCCAUACAUCACCAAGUGCAAUGCAAAGCGUCGGAUGCAGUGGUGUAAAGCACGCCGCCACUGGACUCUAGAGCAGUGGAGACGCGUUCUCUGGAGUGACGAAUCGUGCUUCUCCAUCUGGCAAUCUGAUGGACGAGUCUGGGUUUGGCGGUUGCCAAAAUACUUGGUGUCACGGAUUACUAAAAUUAUGCUGCAUACUUUAAAUAUUAUAUAUUUAAAAUAUUAAAAAUUAAAAUAUUAAAUUUAAGAAAUGAAAUUUAAGAAAUCUUCUAUGUGCAUAAAUAUUUUUAUUUUGCCUGUUUAUUAAUGAUAUCUAUAAUAAAGCAUAUCAUAUUAUGUCUCAACAUGGAUAUUUUUCUUUUUUUGAUUGGUUAUUGAAUGGCUGGAAUCUCCCCCAUCUGUGGAACCGUUUUCUUCUGUGGCUUUUUAGGUUUUUCAUCUUGUUCUGUUACCUUGUUCAUGUGUUUUGGACUUCCCUGCCAUUGUUGAUUGUAGCUCACCCACCCUCUGCCUGUUUCUCAUUUUAUUUUGACACUGCUUCAUGGCUGAUGCUAUGGAAAUGCCAUAGAAAUAUAGACUGUGGUAUUGUGAUGGGGGAGUGGGAUGUUUGCAUUUGGAUAUUUGGUUUUGAUUUUUUCUUUUUAUUUCUCUAAUUGUUUAUCCUUUUUUCAAUAUAUGUUUAAUUUUUAUUAUAGUUAUUUGAUUGACCUUGUUAGUAGUUGGAUUGUGUUUUGAUCUUUGGUGAUGUGUCUUCCCCUUGUGUUUGUAAAUGGACUGGUCCAUGGUUAUAAAUGUCUCCCUGUUGUUUCAUUUGGGAGGUUAGUUUUGUUCAGUUAAGUUCUCCUGAGUUUAUCAGUUUGAGCUUAGUUUUGAUUCUGUUAGCCUCCUUUAGAUGUAGAUGUCAUGGAUUUAUUAAACUAUAUUUUUGGGAAACUUGUUUUUAUCUAUGCCCCUUCAGUUCUGGGCUGUAUGGUCCCUCACAGGUAUUAUCUGCAUACAUGUUGGAGUUAUGCAGUGGAUGUUGAAAAUUUUUCUGAAAAUUAUACUUUUCAUAAAUCUAAUUCAAAUCAAAUUAUAAACCUAAUUCUAUUCAAAUUCAAUCAUUAU